UCUUCACAGUCGUCUCCAUCUUUAUCCAUCCGUUGCAGCGAGGAAGACUUGGCUUUAUGGAGGGAAAGAUCAUCUUCUACCUUUGUUUUUUGAUCUGUUUUCUACUCAGAGGAAAUGCAGGGGUGAAGGGUUCAUCACAUCACCACCAUCACUCUCACCGUCACCUCUUCGGUUUUCGUCCAUUAAAGCUCUUCGUUUUCGGGGACUCGUAUGCUGAUACAGGGAACAUUGGCAAGACGGCAGCCAAUUCUUGGAAAGUUCCCUAUGGAAUCACCUUUCCCGGCAAGCCGGCCGGCCGUUUCUCCGAUGGUCGUGUCUUGACUGACUACCUAGCUAGAUUCGUCCGAAUCAAGUCGCCAAUACCAUACAGAUGGAGGAAUCUCGGCGCAAAACACUUGCGAUAUGGGAUGAACUUUGCUUUUGGAGGGACGGGUGUGUUUGAUACGUUGGUCGCAUUGCCAAACAUGACGACCCAGAUCGAUUUUCUCCAAGAGCUCCUCAGCAACAAGGUCUACACUUGGCCGGAUCUUCAGUCGUCAGUAGCCCUCGUCAGCAUCGCCGGCAACGACUACGGUGCUUACUUGGCCAGAGGUGGCUCUUCUCAGACAUUGCAGUCUUUCAUUCUUCUGGUGGUGGAUCAACUAGUGGUGAACUUGAAGCGCCUUCAUGGCAUGGGAAUGAAAAAGGUUGCAGUGACAUCUCUAGAGCCACUGGGGUGUCUCCCACAGACCACGGUGUCAUCUUCUUUCCAAGAAUGCAAUGGAACCCAGAACACGGCUGUCACCUUCCACAACCUCUUGUUGUCCCAAGCUGUGACCAAGUUGAACAAUGAAACCAAGGACUCCCCUUUUGUCAUUCUCGACCUUUACGCCUCUUUCAUGUCCGUCUUCGAAAACAAAGCUGACCAUUUAGGGAGUUCCAAGUUCGAGAAUCCAUUGAAGCCAUGUUGCAUGGGUAUAAGCAGUGAAUACUCGUGCGGGAGUGUGGACGAGAGUGGGGCGAAGAAGUAUACAAUAUGCGACGACCCUGAAUCUGCGUUCUUUUGGGACACCGUCCACCCUACGCAACAGGGAUGGAAUGCUGUUUAUUCUGCUUUACAAGGCACCCUUCAACAACUUCAGAGUCUUUACUAGACUACUACUUACCCCAAAAUUUGUGAUCAUUUAGAUUUUACUUUCUAUCUUUGUAUUUGUUUGUCCAGUAACGCAAUUUCAUAGAUUACGCUCAUGUUCUUGCCUUCUUUUAUCA